UACGGCGGAAGUACAGGGAAAGUGGGAGGAAAAAAAGUUUCGACAACUCUAGAUUGCGAAUAACACCGGUAUAGCAUGAUGAAAACACACUUCUGUUAGGUAAAUACUUUUAUGAUCGGAAAAUAACUUAAACAUAGUUUAUUGUGCGGGACACAUAGUCUUACUUUCGAGUUCACAAUGGGACUCCCAACUCUGGAGUUUAGCGAUUCUUUUCUGGAUAGCCCUGAUUUCAGAGAACGGCUAAAAUAUCACGAAAUAGAGUUGGACCGGACAAACAAAUUCAUCAAAGAACUGAUCAAAGACGGGAAUAUGUUGAUAACGGCGCUAAAGAAUCUGUCUACUGCUGUCCAGAAGUUCUCUCAGUCCCUCCAGGAGUUCCAGUUUGAGUGUAUAGGAGACGCGGAGACGGACGACGAGGUCAAUAUCGCCCAGUCGUUCAAGGAGUUUUCCCAGCUACUGAACACAGUGGAAGAGGAGAGGAGACGCUUGAUCCAGAAUGCGGAUGAUGUGCUAAUUGCACCUUUAGAGAAGUUCAGGAAGGAACAGAUCGGAGCUGCCAAGGUAAGAUAAAAACCAGCAUUAUAUCUCAACAACAUGUUUACUGAUAUUACAGAGUGGUUUAUUAAGAUAUUUAUCAGGCAUUUUAAUGAUAUCCUAUAAUUCACAUACAAUGACAAGUGUAUCCUCACCAAUGAGUAUCCAUUCUAAUGAAUACUGUAUGUCAAGUAUUACAAUCACAAAGUGGACUGUGCUGAAUGUAAUGGCUAGAGAAAGAAGAUGAAGUUAACCAGAAAGACAAAUUCAUAAACUUAGUAAACGUUAGUAACCUACAAUAUUAAUUUAUUCAAAACCAGCUCUGACUCCCUGACCGUUGAGACACUAUGAGCUCAACCAGCUCUGACUCCCUGACCGUUGAGACACUAUGAGCUCAACCAGCUCUGACUCCCUGACCGUUGAGACACUAUGAGCCCAACCAGCUCUGACUCCCUGACCGUUGAGACACUAUGAGCCCAACCAGCUCUGACUCCCUGACCGUUGAGACACUAUGAGUUCAACCAGCUCUGACUCCCUGACCGUUGAGACACUAUGAGUUCAACCAGCUCUGACUCCCUGACCGUUGAGACACUAUGAGUUCAACCAGCUCUGACUCCCUGACCGUUGAGACACUAUGAGCUCAACCAGCUCUGACUCCCUGACCGUUGAGACACUAUGAGUUCAACCAGCUCUGACUCCCUGACCGUUGAGACACUAUGAGCUCAGCCAGCUCUGACUCCCUGACCGUUGAGACACUAUGAGCCCAACCAGCUCUGACUCCCUGACCGUUGAGACACUAUGAGUUCAACCAGCUCUGACUCCCUGACCGUUGAGACACUAUGAGCCCAACCAGCUCUGACUCCCUGACCGUUGAGACACUAUGAGUUCAACCAGCUCUGACUCCCUGACCGUUGAGACACUAUGAGUUCAACCAGCUCUGACUCCCUGACCGUUGAGACACUAUGAGCCCAACCAGCUCUGACACCCUGACCGUUGAGACACUAUGAGCUCAACCAGCUCUGACUCCCUGACCGUUGAGACACUAUGAGCUCAACCAGCUCUGACUCCCUGACAGUUGAUACACUAUGAGCCCAACCAGCUCUGACUCCCUGACCGUUGAGACACUAUGAGUUCAACCAGCUCUGACUCCCUGACCGUUGAGACACUAUGAGCCCAACCAGCUCUGACUCCCUGACCGUUGAGACACUAUGAGCUCUAACUCUCUAUUGUGUUUCCUCCAAACCGGUUCCUCCCACCAAAGUGAUUUCUAACGUUCGUCUGUCCUGCCCUCUAGAAGACUAGAAGUCAUAGCAUAAAGACCAGGGACUGUCCCAACUGCCAGCCUGUGGGCCCUUGUCAAAAAGAGUGCACUAUAAAGGGAUUAGAGAGACAUUUUGGACAUACCUUUGGUCUUUCCAGUGAGUGACCAGUGUCUAGCUUUGAGACAUAUAGCUGACAUUUCUAGACUGUGGUCAGUACAAUCUGGGUGACCACACUGUACUGUACUGUACUGUAUUGUGUGUG